CCGGGGACAGGUCCUCUUGGGUUAUGGGGCUGAGGCCGGGGAGUCCGCAGAAUCCAGCUCCGAACCCAAAGUAGGUGACGGUCCCUUACCGUCCAUGGCCAAUCAGGUAGUGAACCCCUCUGAGCGGCGAAGGGGACGAGAUCUUACGGACCAGCUGUGCCCGGGAGGACUUCCGGGGUCGCUUGCGUUUCCGGUCGCGCGGCCGGCUCUCGCGAGAAGACGGCGCCGGUCCUUGGGUGGAGCUUUGGCACGUCUCCUACAGCACGCGGUUGCCAUGGUAAUGAACGCCCAAAGGGGCGUGUUGGUUUGUGAGUCGCUAGGGUUACUGGGCCUCAAGGCCCCCUGGCAGGGGCGGCGGGGUCACCUAUGGGCCAGUCCAAAAGCAAACCCAGAGAGAAGACAGUUGAGGAGCAAAAGACGGUCACUACCAAUUUUGUUGCAAAACCUAAGGAGAAAGUAAUGGAAAAGGAGUCCAAGCAGCCUGUCAAGGAAGCCUUGAAUCAACCUGCCGACAGCCUGCCGUUCGCGGCAGGGACGUCCAAGCACUCAAAGCCAUCCUCUUCCUCUGAAGACAAACCUGAUACAAAACAAAAGUCGAGCAAGAAGAGAAGUGCCAUUCCACAGAUCACCAUCACCCAAGCCUCAAACGAGACGCUCAUCAGCUAUGGCCUCCCUGAAAGUGAAGAACAGAGAACCAUUCACGAACAGGCUGACUGGGGCCCUUACUACCGACACAGGAACCCCAGCACAAUAGCAGCCUAUGAAGGACACAACACAGAAUAA